UUCAAUUCAUGUUUUCUGUUGCGAUGCCCCCGCAAAAUCUUUCAUUCUGAAAAUAAAAGGGCAUUCUGGAUUUUCUUCUUGUACACGGUGCACUAUUGAUGGGGAAUAUUUAAAUAACAGAGUUUGCUUUCCAUAUUCCCAUUUAAAACCAACAGAAAGAAGUCAUCAAGCUUAUUUAUCAAAAAUAGAUGAAGAUUAUCAUACUUCUAAUCAACCGCUUACACGUCUUAUUGAAUUACCAGGUUUUGAUUCUGUUAAAUCGUUUUCUCUUGACUACAUGCACCUUGUAUGUCUUGGUGUCAUGAAAAAGUUAUUAUUUCUUUGGGUUAAAGGACCAUUAAAUGUUCGCCUUCCUUAUAAAAAAAUUAGUGAGUUAUCUACUAGUUUAUUAAGCUUAAAACCAUUUAUUUCAUCUGAUUUUGUUAGAAAUGUAAGAGGAAUUCAAGAUUUAAGCCGCUGGAAAGCGACAGAAUUUCAAUUAUUUUUAAUUUAUUUGGGAACAAUUGUAUUGAAAAAUAUUUUAAGACUUGAUUGUUAUGUACAUUUCAUGUCAUUAAAUAUUUCAAUGUUAAUACUACUAAGUCCAGAUCGUGGUCAUAUGUUAGAUUAUGCAAGGCAGCUUCUUGAUUAUUUUGUUAAACAAUUUGAAGUAUUAUAUGGUAAACACUAUGUGUCACAUAACAUUCACGGGCUUUUACAUAUAUGUGAUGAUUAUGAAUUAUAUGGGCCACUUGAUAAUUGUAGUACAUUUGAUUUUGAAAACUACAUGAAGGAAUUAAAAUCAUUACUAAGAAAACACGAAAAACCUUUGCAUCAAAUAAUAAAUCGAAAUAUUGAGAAACAUAAUAAUGAUACAACUGGAUUUAAUGAUGAAAUGAAAAACUUAUCUAUUAAUCUUAAUCGGAAUUAUGAUAAACCAUUGUUAAAACAAGAACACACAAAUGGUCCUACUAUGGAAAUGAUUACAGGACUUCAAUAUUAUGUUAUAUGCUUUAAUAAUAUUAAUAUUAAAAUAAAAUAUGAUAAAGAUAGUUAUAUUCUAACCAAAGAUCAACAAAUAGUGAAAUGCUUAAAUAUUAUAGCACAAAAUAAUGGCGAGACUGUUAUCGUUGGAAAGCAUUUUAAAUUUAAAUCAGCAUUUUUUGAUGAUCCAAUUGAUUCAACUAUACUUGAUAUAUUUAUAGUAAAAAAUAUUGCAAAGAAAAUAAAUUAUUGGCCAAUCACAAGUAUAAAAAAAAAAAUGAUGAUAUUAAAUAAUAAUAAUAAUGGGCAGCUUGUAGCUAUGCCUAUUAUUCAUACGUCCAAUUAAAUAUAUCAGAUCAUUUUGUCUCAAUAAUGGCCCAUUCAGGUUAUUAGAUAUUGAUUAAAUAAACUUUUAUAUAAUUAUACUUCACAUAAAAAAAUAAACCGUUUCGCUCAGAUCUAACAUUAAUUAGGUGCCUGCAUCACAGCGACCUUAUUACCGAAUCAAGAAGUAAUGACUACAUAUAUAAUAUUAUAUUUGUUUUUAUAUUUAUUUCAGCUGAUGGCUUUCUGGGACGUUGUACAUUUUUUAAAUGACAACAGUGUUGAGGCAGUUCCACAUAUAUGGUUUAAAAACAAGACAUGUGCUUGGCCUAAAGAUCCAAAACAGAUAAAAAAAUUCAUAGAAAAGCGUAAAAUACCAAAUGAGAAAGAAUUUGUAUUUUAUCCAGCCAGAAAAUUUAAAGAAAAAAGUUAUGAAAGUUUAUCAGAAGCUAGAUCAAAGUCAAUUAAAGCAGUACAUAAUUCUGAUUUAUCCACCACAGAAGACGAUAGAGUCAAAAAUAAACGAUUAAGAAGACGAAAAUGUUUAAGUUUAUCUCCUAACUUGAAAAAAAAAAUAUCCAAGUCAUCACAUAACAUAACAGCUGAUACCUUUCCACCAAGAUACAGACUGAAGAAAGGUACCUUACCUAAAGAAUUACUAUUUUUAUAUUUAAUAAAAGCUGUUGUUGUCGAACUUACAAUGUUAAAUAAAUCCAAUAGUCAAAUAUGUAAGUCAAUUGAAAAUUUAGACUACAAGAUGCAAGUUAUAAUGAAGGCCGACUCUAGAGUUAGAGCUUUGGCAAUGCCAAUUCCUAAGUUGCCGUCAGCAUUGAUAAAUAUUAUUCCUGUAAAAACUAAUGAUGAGUUAGAAAUUAAAUCUUUUCUUUUUGUGAAAAUUGGUUGUAACUCAUCGUUUAGUGCGUCAAUAAAAGAAGCUAUUAACAGCUGUUUCAAGUAUGAACUUCUAAGCGAAUUCAGUUAUAAAGGCAAAACUAAAAGGAAGUUCAUAGAUUUGAAGCUUUUUGAAGUGAUUUAUGAAACAUUAUCUGGAUUUAGAAAAACUCCUGUUGAUGAACAAAAAUUCCACAAUGUAACUGACAAUUACUUGAGACAUGCCCCCAAAAAAUUUACAAAACCUGCUAGUUGA